CAAAUUCAAACGGAGGGAAAGUGAGUGGGAAACGGAACGGAGACGACGCUAACUAGUUGAUCAGAAAAUCCCACUAGAAGCUUGUAUUCAGUAGAUCGCCACUGCUUCCCACCGAUCGCCUCCACCUUCAACUUUGCAAUCCACUCCCGCAACCAUGGGUUCCGAUGCGGAUAUGGAAGAUUAUGGUUUCGAGUAUUCGGACGAUGAGCCUGAAGAGCAGGACGUUGAUAUUGAAAAUCAAUACUACAACUCUAAAGGGUUGGUGGAAACGGACCCCGAAGGAGCUCUUGCAGGGUUUGCUGAGGUGGUACGCAUGGAACCCGAGAAGGCAGAGUGGGGCUUCAAGGCUCUCAAGCAAACUGUCAAGCUUUAUUAUAGACUGGGGAGGUAUAAAGAAAUGAUGGAUUCAUAUCGAGUGAUGCUUACAUACAUAAAAUCAGCAGUGACCCGUAAUUAUAGUGAAAAAUGUAUAAACAAUAUCAUGGAUUUUGUAUCUGGAUCAGCAAGUCAGAGUUUUGGUCUCUUGCAAGAAUUUUAUCAAACCACUUUGAAAGCCCUUGAAGAGGCAAAGAAUGAGAGGCUUUGGUUCAAAACUAAUUUAAAGCUUUGCAAGAUUUGGUUUGAUAUUGGUGAAUAUGGUCGCAUGAUUAAGAUUUUGAAGGAACUCCACAAGUCCUGUCAAAGAGAAGAUGGUACAGAUGAUCAAAAGAAAGGAAGUCAACUUCUGGAAGUGUAUGCCAUUGAGAUUCAAAUGUAUACUGAGACUAAAAAUAACAAAAAGCUCAAGCAAUUAUACCAGAAAGCUCUUGCCAUCAAGUCAGCAAUACCCCAUCCACGAAUUAUGGGAAUAAUUAGGGAGUGUGGAGGAAAGAUGCACAUGGCAGAACGUCAAUGGCCAGAAGCAGCGACUGAUUUCUUUGAGGCUUUUAAGAAUUAUGAUGAAGCUGGGAACCAGAGGCGUAUCCAGUGCCUGAAAUAUCUAGUUUUGGCUAAUAUGCUGAUGGAAUCCGAAGUCAAUCCAUUCGAUGGUCAAGAGGCAAAGCCGUAUAAAAAUGACCAGAUUUUGGCAAUGACUAAUCUUAUUGCAGCAUACCAAAGGAAUGAGAUACUUGAGUUCGAGAAGAUUCUCAAGAGCAAUAGAAAGACAAUAAUGGAUGAUCCAUUCAUUCGAAAUUACAUUGAAGAUCUGUUGAAGAAUGUCAGAACCCAAGUGUUACUUAAACUUAUCAAGCCUUACACAAGAAUCCGGAUUCCAUUUAUAUCAAAGGAACUCAAUGUACCGGAGAAAGAUGUUGAACAAUUAUUAGUUUCACUAAUCCUGGAUAAUCGCAUUGAUGGUCACAUUGAUCAAGUCAACAGACUUUUGGAGCGUGGUGACAGGUCAAAGGGAAUGAAGAAGUAUACUGCCAUAGAUAAAUGGAACACUCAGUUGAAAUCCCUCUUUCAAACUGUCAGCAACCGAGUAUAUUGAUUCUUAUUGCACAACCUAAUUGUUGUUUCAUUUACAACUUCACGGAGUGUUGAGGGAUCUCCCGAGUCUAAUUUUUUUUAUGUUAAAUUCUACGCCUUGUCUGUUUAAAAGCACAAUGUGAAAUGACACUGUAAACCCAACUGUUCUUUGGAAGCUCUAUCGGAUAUCCCCAGUUGCCUGGAAACGGCUACACAUUAUCAUAAAAAACCAUCCAGGUAAAGUCAUGUAUAUAAAAUUAAACCUAUUUUAUAGGAUAAGAAGGGGUCCGUUUGCAAGUCUAGAUGUAAUGAUUAAGGACGGUGGAAAUGUUAUAGACUUAGAAAUGUUCUUGAGGGAUAAACAACUUGAUUUCAUAUACGGUAUUCGAGAGCUUCUUGAAACAAUAGGGCCGUAA